AUGUCGACAAACUCAAAGGCUUCUUCUCUCUGCUUACUCCUCCUCCUCCUCCUUGUAUUAUCCCUCAGUUCUCAACCAGUACUCUCCUUUCGUGCCCCAAAACCGCAAUCACAACCAACGUCACCUCAAACCAUAAUCGAUGAUUCGUCUUCAAUGGGCAAGAUCGACCAUGCAAAAUCCAUGAUUGCUGGAUUCUUCAGCCACAUGUUUCCAUUAAAGGGAUGGCCUUUCCCAAAGUACCCACCUUACACAAUGGCUAACCCUAAUAUUCAAACUAACCCAUCAGGAGCUCAAGAUGAAUCAGAGAAGUUACCUUCUUCCCCAAGCAAAAACAACAAAGAUAGAAUAAACGCGUGA